GCAAGCGCACGACAAUAAACGUGGAUGGCGAUGCCGUAUGAAGAUAUAGAGAGCAAGGGAUCAACUCGAGUAGCGAGUAUUUUAUACAUACUGCAUUGAAAAGUAUAUACUGUACCUGAAGAUCCAUCGAACAUCAAACGUUCAAAUAUUAAGACUGUUGCAAUGAUUCAAUUAAAGUUGAGCACAAAAGCCAUAGCUUUUGGCAUAGUUUUGUUACUUAUCAAAGGGCAAGGCGAAAUCGGAGGUCAUUCGUUGCCACACACACAAGGACAUAGCGAACCAGAUGAAAUCGUCCCUGAGUUUUUGGCGCAAUUGACAAAUAUUACGGUACCCCAAGGACGAGACAUUUCCUUCACAUGUGUUGUUGACAAUUUGGGCCAAUAUCGGGUGGCAUGGAUUAAAUCUGAUUCAAAAGCAAUACUUGGUAUACACACACACAUGGUCUCACUAAAUCCCAGAUUAUCUGUGACACACAACGGCCACAACACCUGGAAACUUCACAUAUCUCGCGUACAGAUAAAUGACUCCGGCAGCUACAUGUGCCAAGUGAAUACGGAUCCCAUGAAGAGCCUUUCAGGCUAUUUAGAUGUUGUUGUGCCACCGGAUAUUCUAAAUCACCCAGACCAUAAUCUCGAGGAAGGCGUCAGCACUGAGGGUGGCAGUAUUGUACUCGUGUGUAGUGCGACUGGCGUACCCGAGCCGAAGGUGCAGUGGCGGCGUGAAACAGGAAAGGAUAUUAUACUUCGAGCGGAGAGCAGAGAUAAACAAGCACUGAAAUCCGUGGACGGAGAAAGACUCACUUUGACAAAUGUCCAACGUACAGAUAUGGGUGGCUACAAUUGCAUUGCUUCCAACGGUGUGCCGCCUUCAGUGAGCAAGAGAUUUGACGUACACGUAAACUUUCCACCUACAAUCAAAGCCGUCAACCAGCUGGUCGGCGCACCUGUCGAAAGGGAGGUAACAUUGGAGUGCAUUGUAGAAGUAUAUCCCAAGCCCCUGAAUGGAUGGUACCGCAAUGAAGGUAAUGUCAAACUGCAUAACGGGAACAAGUACAACAUAUCUGAAGAAAUGAUUAACCUAUACACAUGGCAUCUUAACCUAACCAUCCGGCACCUGACUAAAUCCGAUUUCGGCGCCUACAGUUGCUCCAGUGUUAAUGCCCUUGGAAAGAGUGAAACUCGCAUUAGACUGCAAGAAUUACGAUUACCGCCCAAGUCGACAACGACGCCAACACCUCACGUGCACACAACGGCUAAACCGCGUCGGAAGCAGCAACCCGGCCACAACAAGGGACUGAACGAAGUGGUGCGUGCCAAGGAAACCCAUUUCUCAAAUCAAAUGCAGCAGGAGAACGACGUAUUCGGCGGUGGGAUUGGUGUGCCCCAGAGCGCCAACAGUGGUAAUGCUGGUAGCGUAGUUGAGAGUGGAAACGUCAACGGCAUGAUAAACGGAGCGGAAGUACACACACAACUACCUGCACGUAACGGAUAUGAAAAGACGCAUAAGUCGCCUGGCGUUGUACCAUCACCCCGUUCACCCUGGAACUUUGCGAGUGCGGGGUCGCAGCUGCUUGCCAGCACUACGAUAGCGACAAACUCUCUGGUGUUUUUUCUUCCCUGCGUGUUGUCUGUGUGUACGAGUAUGUACUAUAUAGUAAUUUAAAAGCACGCUACCCAAGAAAUCUCCGAUACGAUGCUACAAAUGGAAGGGGACAGGACAGCUCUGCAGCUCUGCAGCUAUGCAGCUGCUCAAAAACCGCCGAUGCAACUUCUGCUUUUAAGUUACGAAUAGUUCUGGGUCUGUCGUUGUUGGUCAGUGUAGAUCCGGUGGU